UCCAAGGACCCACAACAAGAAGCAUGUACCAUUACCUUAUCUCUGAGAUGUUACCUGUUGCUAUGAUCACUGCCAUUGCCACGUUAGUGAGCAUGGCUACUGCAAGAUCAUCACUAAAUUAUUUGGAAAGCCACUUUUCCAUGGAGAACGAGUCUGAAGAAGUGCGUUCUGCAGCUAUCAAGAGGCUGCUGGAGGUGUUUGGGAUGGAGGAUGCUCCUCUCCUCCGGGGCGACAAGCAGCCGCCUCAGUACAUGGUCGACCUGUACAACACUGUCGCAGAUGUGGACGGAGUUACCAAGGACCCCUACAUUCUGGAGGGGAAUACAGUACGCAGCUUCUUCGACAAACUGCACAGUGAACAAAUCGAGUUCCUGUUCAACUUGUCCAUGGUGGCCAGUAGUGAGAAGGUUCUAACCGCGGAACUCCAUCUCUUCAAGCUGCGGCCUCAGGUUUCUGCAACAUUCAAUAGAUAUCACUUCUGUCAGGUCAGUGUCUACCAGCUUCUGGAUAGCAGCAAAAUGAACAUUACUCAGGGGAAGAAGCUGCUGUCUUCCAGACUGAUCCCUGUCCCCUCCACUGGCUGGGAAGUGUUCACCAUUACACAAGCUGUGCGUUCCUGGAUGGCUGUUGAGGGCAAUAACCUGGGUCUUCUGGUCACAGUGCAGACCCUGGGAGGAAGCCAGAUGGAUGAGAAGGUGGUGCGUUUUUCUUCAGGCCGUAACCACCAUAAAAGCAAGCAGCCCAUGCUGGUGCUGUUCACUGACGAUGGCCGCCGUGCAGCCGCUCUGGAUAAUACAGUCAAAGGUAGCCUAACACACAAUCAAACCCCAGCUGUCCCUGGCCUGUCCAACCUCCCCAACACCCCAGGCUUCCACCGCAGCGCCCGCUCCCUGGACUAUGACGAGGACGUAGAGAAGAUGACCUGCCAGCGCCUGCCACUCUACGUGGACUUCGAGGAGAUCGGCUGGUCCGGGUGGAUCGUGUCACCUCGGGGUUACAAUGCCUACCACUGUAAGGGCUCCUGCCCCUUCCCCCUGGGCCAGAACAUGAGACCCACUAACCACGCCACCGUCCAGUCUAUCAUCAACGCUCUGAAGCUGACUAAAGGCAUUGAAACGCCGUGCUGCGCGCCAGACAAGCUCUUCUCCAUCAACCUGCUGUAUUUUGAUGAUGACGAGAAUGUGGUGCUGAAGCAGUAUGAUGACAUGGUGGCAGGAAGCUGCGGCUGCCAUUGAGCUGGACGGACGGACGGACGGACGGGGGGAGGUGACUGUGCUAAACCAAGAUGGCUGACACGGAGCAGCAGUGUAUCUCAUUCAGGAGGGCACAACGUUGCAAACCUCACAGAUAGAAAUGUCUUGUAUAGAGCUCACACCCUUCUACAUGACAGAGAAUUAUGUUUGUUAGAUGUGAUAUAUUUCUAUCUGAUUGUUCUGUAAUCUUGCGCCCAACUGAAUGCGACUGUGCUCUGUGUGGAUGGAUGACUGCCACAGGGCUGGUGCUGUACAACGCUGACCAAGGCGUAUUGUGUCAAAGCAAAGGAGGACAAAUAUUAAAAUCUAAUUUCAGUCUAGGUGUUGGUAUAAAACCGCCUUUUACACUCAGCGAUGAAGAUGAAGAUGAAGCAGUAUGCAGGCAGAGUCCUACGUGUAACAUAUGUAAAUAGGUAGAAAUUAUAAUAUAUGACAGGGCAUGACUUGAU